AAUCCCCAAACCCAAACAAAGCCUUAUUCAUUUUAAUCUCUCCUCCUCCUUCUUCUUCUUCUUCUUCCUUCUCCUCCCAUUUUCAUAUAUCACUCUUCUCAUCAUCAGCUCCUUCGUAUAAAACUAUCAUUUAAUCUGCUGUGUUUAAUUUCCAUUUUAGCUAGGGGAGUGGUUAAUCAUUCCAAGAUCAUCCAUGGCGGCGGCGGCGGCGCCUUAUUAUCAGCAUUACCGGUCUCCGUUCGGGGACACCACCCAAACCAAGGUCUUCGUCGGCGGUCUCGCUUGGGAGACUCCGGCCGACGUAAUGCGCCGAUACUUCGACCAGUUCGGUGACAUUCUCGAGGCCGUCAUCAUCACCGACAAGAACACCGGCAAAUCCAAGGGUUACGGCUUCGUAACGUUUCGUGAACCGGAGUCGGCUCGGAGGGCGUGCGAGAACCCGAACCCGGUCAUCGACGGCCGCAAGGCCAAUUGCAACAUUGCGUCCCUCGGACGCCCUAGGCCUUCUCCGUCUCCUCCUCCUCGGGGAGGAAGAGGUCAAGGAGGGAGUGGAUAUGGUCAAGGAGGGGCAGCACAUGGAGGUGGGGGUGGUUUACCAUCCUCUUCUUCAUACAGUGGAGUGGCAGCGCCAUUACCUCCGCCGCCCCCACCACCACCACCACCUCUUAUUUAUCCACCCUACGGGUUUGCUGCCUACCCACCAGACUAUGCUUACCACCAAAGUUUUUACUGUCCACAAUUCCAGCAAACCGCCGCAGCAGCGGCACAGUAUUACCCCUACCACCACCACCAUGUGUAUGGAAGUUCAUCACCAUCACCAUCUCCGUCGUCAUCAUCGUCAGGCAUGAUGGGAUCUCCGCUAUACGGUGGUGGGUAUGGGUAUUCAAGAGGAGCCAUUUCUCCUACAACGCAACGUUUCAAUGGAGGGCCGCCGCCGCCGCCCCCGUCGUCCUACAUUUACUACCCAACAACCGCUCCCGCCCCUCACAUGGAUGCCGCCGCGUCCCCCUUCUCCGCCGCCGCUCCCCCCUUCCUCCAACCUGUCCCAAGGCGUUCCUUUUCUUCACCCUCAGAGACGACACAGACUCCGCAGCAAGCAGAAACAAGGACGACGGAGGUUGGGGGUGUCAUUACCACCUCAUCGGAGAGCCCAAACACAUAAUUACAUUACAUUAAUCAUCCAACAAAUCUACUGUACAAUCAUUAACGUACAAAAUUUAAGCCAUCAAAAAAUAUCUUUUUUUAUUAAAUUUAUUUUUCAUAAGGGGUCAGCCACAUAGGCUCUCAAUGCUAUUCUUCAUCAUCUGGAUCGGAUCUUACCAGGAACCAAAUGCAUGCCCAAUUCUUUUUCUUCUUCUUUUUUACUCCGUAAUAUUUUGGGUUUUUAGCUCUUAAAAUUACCGCUCUGCCCUCCUUUAAUUUUUUAGAAGAAAAUUCUUGGGUCAUUUAUUUUUUUUCAACCUUAAUUUAAUCACUACUAAACUUCUUUUAAUAAUGUCGCAUGGUGGGCUAUUAGACCAUGCGCUAUGGUGUGUUUGACCAAAAAGUGAUGAGGUGGAAUGUGAACUAUUUUAACAAUUUGAAGUGAAUAUGUAUUAAAUUUUUAUUGGUUGAAAAAAAAAGAAGAAAAAAGAAUCACCACGACAACACUAUUGCCAUCAUCCUGCAAGGGGCCACGCCUCUUCAGGGCAGCGCAUGGUGGAGCAGUUUGACAGUGGGCGUCAAGCCUUGGGGGCAUGGCUCAUAACGAAGGGCCUUACAGGGAUAUAUGCAUUGUAAUGUUUCUAUAAUAAAGAAAUUAAACUAGCUAAGUAGUA